AUGACAAGCGAGGCGAACCAGGUUGACGAGCCGAUCGACGAUCUGGUUGGCGAGAAGAACGAGCGGUUGAGUGGCUGGGCCUACUUAGAGCCCACAAACCCGGGUGCUGCAAUCGAGGUCCGGAACAGGCACGACCACUUAUCAACGCGCUCUAUCUGGAGCAGCCCCCUGGUGCUUAAGCCUCGAAGUGGUAUUCAAACCGGCAGGUUCAUAAUCUGGUUACUUCGCAGGGAACCUUUGGGAAAGGUCUUGGAUGCCCUGGCUGCACACAUGGAGCCGGAUAUGGACAUGUAUUCCUGCUCCAUGGCAAUCGAUCUGAUGGAGGCGUGUUACAAGGUCGCACUGAAGACGCCUGUCGACGAUGUUAGUAACCUUGCCAUUGAGAGGUGCUUGCUUCAGAAACCCCCCUCCAUUCUUUCCCCGGAGAUCGUAUGCGACCUCACGGAUGAGGAGGUACAGCGCAUCGCGGCGGAAAGCAGCAAAUUCGCGGCUUGAGAGGGCGCUGGCGGCUGAGAAACUAGGUGUGUUAGAGAGCGGCAUGGCCGAGUUGAAACGGCUCCAGAUGCAUAGUGCUCCAGUAGGUGACGACAAUCCAGCAGCUUGAUCAUCAGCAUAAAAAACCACAAACUUGAGAACACAGCGAGCUGAUGACUUUGAUAAGAUGACUUAAAAGGUGACAAGUCAACUCAUUGUCAAAGUGCUCUGUUGUUUGAUAUGUAAAAUGCGUG